AUGAUGAUCGGGCAAUUUGAGAUGCCGAACGGUGAACAUAAUUACUCCCCGAAGGUGGCUGAUGAAGCCCAGGAUGAUACAUCCGCAUCUUCCUCCUCCACCACACCAGCUCCCCCUCCCGUUACCCCGCCUCUGCCUGAUCCCGCCCCUGAUCCCUUUCCUGGCCCCUUCCCCGAACCUGAUCCUGAAGAGGCUCGCGUCCCUGUUGCUACAGCAAGCGGAGCGCCUCCAGCAAGAGCGAAUACCGACGGCAAUGCACUUCCUGCCUCACACUUGCCUCCUACCAACACGUCGCUCAGCUCUGGACGAGAGGAUCAUGAAAAGGAAAAACUCGAUAAACCAGGAGUCAGCGAAAACGGACGGCUUAUCGUAUCGGACACGAAAGGUAAAAGUGGGAAGUUGAAGAUCGUAGAGAGAAUUGUUCAACUACCAAUAAUGAAGUGCACUGUCAACGUGUACGAAGUCUUGAAAACGAACAACUUGACUGGUUGGUCUGUAUACUUGGCCGAAACUACAGCGAAACUAACGCUAGCCCCGGCUAUGUACAUGGCCUCCGCGUUAGCCUCAGUCUGCAACCUGCCCGUCCGCUGCGUGGAUGCGACAUUGUGCCUCGGUUUGGAUGUUGUCGAGGCUGCCUUCCCUUGCAUGAAGGUCAAUCCUAAUCAGAUGUACGCGACUACUAGAACUUAUGUCGCUGGCUGUGUGUGCUGUUGUCCACGAGCAGUUUCUUCUGCGGUUUCAAAGAUUUAUCAACACUCGACAGAAGACGUUUUUUAAUAUCAAAUCUUUUAGUUGCAAGGAAUUGCCCUAUGUAUUGCUGUUGUCUUGUUUAAAAAAUGCAAUUAGAUUGUAAUUUGUUCCAGAAUGUUCUUUAAAUGUAUAUCAAUGGAGUUUUUACCGUUUUUUAAUAAAUAUUUUUGAAGCAAUG